UCAAUGCCCCGGGUCCAGCAGCCAGCGAUUAACAGUCAUUUCAAGGAAUGUCGCAGAUCUAAGAGAAAUUUGAAAGGAAAAGAUGGAAACGUCUCUGAGGAGGUUGAGCGAGCUGGUGUAGAAAUUGUGUGUGACCCCUUGGUUGAUCUGCAGGAAAAGCCAUCCAGAAAUGUCACGUCCAGAAAAAAUGUCAAAUCCAAGGCAGCUGAAAUUGUAAACCAAGGGCUUCUUAAUUUUUCACCGAAAUACGAUGGUAAGAAGUUAGGCGAAAAGAAAGGCCUCGAGACUGGGAAAGAGGUCUCUGAGACCUUAACGGCGGAUUCAGAGAAAAAUCCAGAUUUAGACUGUCCAGAAAAAAAGAUAGCACCCAAAGAAAAAUUAGGAACUGAGAACGUCAAGUCUGAAGAUUCUUCCAGAGAAGAAAGGUUCAGUAAUAAAAUUUCACACGAUGCGAAAACUACAUGUGGGAAAUUCCAGAAACCUAAAAGCCGAUCAGCAAAAAUGCUGGCCAGCCUAAAUAUGAUUGAAAUCAAUACUAAGGUUAGUGAGGUUUUGGAGCCCAAAAGAAACAGUUUAGUUGUCGAACGCUCGAGUGGUGGAGCUGAAAUCCUAAGCAAUAUCGAGAUGAGUCAACUGCGAAGUCCCACGAAACGCAAGCAACAACCGCUCGAUGAAUCCGAUAAGUCGGGCAUUCAAGCAACACAAGAGAGCCCAAGAAAAUUACUAAAACCUUCAAAUAAGGACUUAUUUCCUGUAUGUCCGACCUUACCAUUACCUGCCAAGUACGAGUUGUUGGUUGAGAAGUUUACUGCCCUUGAAACUUCAGCUCAGAUGUUAUACAAUCGUAAGGAGCGUUGUGAGUUUGAUAAGUUAAUUACUGCUGUUGAACAAAUUACGGAGAGAAACUUCAUGCUAUCCGAUUUGACGAAAAUCAUGUAUGUAUUACCUGACGCCUAUGAAGUCAGUUGGGAAAAGAAAUACAAGUGUAUGAUGACUAAGUCGUUCUCUUGGGCUCUUACAUUGAGUCCCAAGUUUAGUGAACUCAAAGAGCAAUUUGUUGCAUCAGAUAUGCUUGCCAGAAAAUCGAAGUUCCUUCGGAACCUUAUUGACCUUGUGCAUACAGAACACAACCAGUAUCUGAAAAGUUUGAAUCCAAAACUGGUGAUUGAUAACACGAAGAUCAAACGAUGGCAUCCCAAAUUCGCUUUGGAGAAAGUGGUAGACGUGAAAGAAGCUGAGUUACCUCCUAAACCGACAACAGCGCAACCGAGACAAGGUUUAAACGAACUAAUUCUGAAGACAAAGGAGAAAGCGACUGAGAAAAUGGAGUCAGCGCUGGCGAAAAUUGAAGCAAUGUCUCCCAAAGCUUGUAAAUCAUCGUCUCCAAGAGAUAAUAAAUUUUUCAAUUUUCCUGGCAGCUCAGGAAUUCCCGAAAAGCUGAGACUAAAAGUUCAAGCCAAGGAGGUAGUCAAGGCUCAAGAGCAAUUUCUGAUGCCACUAGCGGAAAAGGAAAAGCGAGCAUUGCAGGCUAAGCUUCCCGAGGUAGCCAAGAUUAUAAGAGGAGUAUUCCUGGCCGACAAGAGAGUAGCAAUUCCAGAGGCUGAAAUUUUUGGUAAGUUGAGAAGCGGAGUAAGUGGUGGCAUGUCACAUGACCAUGGAAAAACGAGCCUCGAGGAUAUUAAGAAAUUUUGCCCCGAAUGGAUUUCUAUUGUGACUGUUCAAGGGAAAAAUUAUGUGAAAGUGACGAAGUCUUACAACUUUGCGACUGUUCUGUCCAAAAUUCAAUCAUCAAUUCAGUGAUUAGAAAUUGUUAAUUUAGUAUUUUGACAAGAGUGCCUUCGGUGAUAUGCCUUAGUAAUGUCAUUUUUUAUCUUUUUUUUUUAGUUUUUGAAAAUUGUCCUUUGGCACAAAAUGAGCUUCUCUUUUGUUUUUUGAAGCCUCAUAAAAUUACUUUCAAGUUUAUGAAAAGCUUGCCAUGAGUGUCUUGAUUAAUUUGACAAUUUGUUUUGGUAAAAUGUUGUUAUUAGUAAAUCUGUAGCGUGAUUAGUGAAAGAAAAAGGUUCAGCAUGAAA